AAAGCGGAGCGGCAGCCUGAUCACACACACUCACACAGUAGCAGAGGCAGAGAGAGGAUCACACACAGCCGAGUGUGAGAGGUUGGGGAUCCUUCACUGUUUUUUUCUUCACUUGCAUGAACGCAACCGUAGACCCCCCCAGGAUCUAAAGAUGUGGACGGAAGUCGGAAAGCUUGUGCUAUUACAUUUGUUACUUAUGGAGCUCCAUUGCGCGAAAGGAACUCAUACGGAGUCGGAGUGUGAAACUGGGCAGUUUCAGUGCAAGAACGGACGGUGCAUCCCGACCCUGUGGAGAUGUGAUGAUGAUGAUGAUUGCUCAGACAGCAGCGACGAGGAGAACUGUCCAAAGAAGACAUGUGCGACCACAGACUUCGCCUGUAAGAAUGGACAGUGUGUUCCUGCUAGGUGGCGCUGCGAUGGAGAACCGGAGUGUGCAGACGGUUCAGACGAGGCUGAUGCAAUCUGCAGCCGACAGACCUGUCCACCAGAGAAGUUUGAUUGCGGUGGGGCUGCCAGCAAAUGUGUUUCGUUGUCAUGGCGAUGCGACGGAGAGAGGGACUGUGAGAACGGAGCAGAUGAGGAGCAGUGCGCUGCAGAUGCCAAGGCUUGCCCCGCCAAAGAUUUCCAGUGCCGUAACGGGAAGUGUGUGGCACCUAUCUUUGUGUGUGAUGGCGACGACGACUGUGGGGAUGCCAGCGACGAGGAGAAGUGCACGGCCCCCACCUGCGGCCAGCACGAGUUCCGCUGCAAUGACUCUGAGUGCAUCCCCGCCCUGUGGAGUUGCGACGGCGACCCGGACUGCAAGGACAAGUCAGACGAGUCCAUGGAGCGCUGCAGCCGGAGGACGGAGCCCCAGAAACCUCGCUGCCCAGUGGGCGAGUUCCAGUGUGGGAGUGGGGAGUGUGUCCAUAUGAACUGGAAGUGCGAUGGAGAUGCAGAUUGCAAGGAUAAAUCAGAUGAAGCAAACUGUUCCCUGUUUACUUGUCGACCUGAUGAGUUCCAGUGUGGCGAUGGAUCCUGUAUCCAUGGCACCAAACAGUGCAAUAAAGUUCACGACUGUCCGGACUACAGUGAUGAAGCUGGUUGUGUCAACGUUACAAAGUGUGACGGGCCAAAAAAGUUCCGCUGCAAGAACGGGGAGUGUAUUGACAGCAGCAAGGUGUGUGAUAAUGUGAAAGACUGCAAGGACUGGUCUGAUGAACCCAUGAAGGAGUGUGGCCUGAAUGAGUGUGCAGACAACAAUGGUGGCUGUUCCCACAUCUGCAGGGACCGGAGAAUUGGUUAUGAGUGUGACUGUCCCUCUGGGUACAAACUCCUGGACAAAAAGACUUGUGGAGACAUAGAUGAAUGUGAGAACCCAGAUGCCUGCAGUCAGAUCUGCAUCAACUACAAAGGAGAUUAUAAGUGUGAAUGCUACGAAGGCUAUGAGAUGGACCCUGCCUCUAAGACCUGCAAGGCCGUGGGAAAGAGUCCAUACCUGAUGUUCACCAACCGCCAUGAGAUCCGUCGCAUCGACCUGCUGAAGAGUGAAUACGCACAGGUGGUUCCCACGCUGAAGAAUGCAGUGGCCCUGGAUGUAGACGUAUCCACCAACAAGAUGUUCUGGUGUGAUCUAUAUCAUCGUAAAAUAUACAGUGCUUACAUCAACAAGGCCAGUGACUCGUCGCAGCAGGUGACUCUCAUUGACUCGCUCCACUCCCCCGAGGGCCUGGCCGUCGACUGGGUUCACAAGAACAUCUACUGGACCGACUCGGGCAACAAGAGCAUCUCGGUCGCCACAGGAGACGGCAGGAAGAGAAAAGUGCUGAUAGCCACUGAGCUGAGUGAGCCACGGGCCAUCGCAGUGGAUCCACACCAAGGGUUUAUGUACUGGUCAGACUGGGGAGGUCAGGCCAAAAUAGAGAAGUCUGGAUUGAAUGGAGUGGACCGGCAAGUUCUGGUGUCUGAACACAUCGAGUGGCCCAACGGAAUCACACUGGACUUGUCUAACAGGCGUCUCUACUGGGUGGACUCCAAGCUGCACCUCCUGUCUAGUGUGGAUCUGAAUGGAGACAACCGCAAAGUUCUGCUGUCCUCCCAUCACCACCUGGGACACCCCUUCGCCCUCACUGUGUUCGAGGAUCGCAUAUAUUGGACAGACUUGGAGGAUGAAGCAAUAUACAGUGUCAACCGACUGACGGGACACGAUGUGGUAAAGGUGGCAGAGCACCUCAACAACCCCCUGGACCUGGUGGUGUUUCAUGAACAGAGGCAGCCCAAAGCCCCUGAUACCUGUAACAUGGGUAGUCUGCCCAACGGCGGGUGUGAGUACCUCUGUCUUAAGGCCCCCCAGAUCACAGACCACUCUCCCAAGUACACCUGUGCCUGCCCUGAUGGCAUGGAGCUGGGACCAGACAUGAGGCGCUGUGCUGUAGUUCGACCCAGAACAACCACAACAGCUGCUCCGACCACCACCACCACAACUCCCACCACCACCACUACAAGCACUACACCAACUAGCACAACUGUUACCACCACCACAACACGCCCUACCACAACGACCACAAGCCCCACUACCACCUCUGCUGCUACGACACUCAGGCCCACGACCAGACGUCUGAUGACACCAGCACAUCCUCAGACCCCCAGGAGCACCUCUACUGAGCAGCCCCGGACCCCCGCUGCCACGAGUACAGAGACGACCAGUUUCAGCAGCACAACUCAGAUGUCCACUUCCACACACACACCCCUAUUGGGCCCAGUGGCCCCCAACAGCAUUCAGAGAGAGAGCAACGGCAACCUCUCCCACAGAGGUAAGGAUCAUGCUGCGAGUGAUCACUACCUCAUAGGUAACAACAUCACAGUAGCUGUUCUGGGGAUAGUCAUUCCUAUUGUCCCUAUCCUUGCCACAGUGGUCAUCGGAUUACUCUGCACUGGCGGAUACCUGGUUUGGCGCAACUGGCGGCGCAAGAACACCAAGAGCAUGAACUUCGACAACCCAGUGUACCGCAAAACCACGGAGGAUGACGACGACGAAAUUCACAUCGGGCGACACAGCGAGUCCAUCGGCCACGUGUACCCAGCAGUGAGUGGCAGCCACAGUCAGCCAUUCAUAGCGCUUCCUCUAGGGGGUGGCAUCACAGACAGCAACUCUCACUGGUACUCAGGGGCCCCAAUGCUCUCCAGCGGAAAAUGAGAGAAGCUACAGAGGAAAGGAAGGAAUUUGGAAUAUUUAGGAUAUGAGAGUAUGCGCAGGGGUUUGGAAAAGCCCGUUUGUUGUACAUGUAGGCCUGGAAAGAAAGGACAGGCUUGCACAUGCACACGCCCACAUUCUCACAUAAUUCUUUCAGUAAUCACUGAAGUAAUCGUACACUCACAUAAGCCCUUCACCAGUACAUGAUAUUCACAUUUAUUUCACCUUCAUGACCAUAACCAUACAGUACAUUUGUUUAUUAACAUUAAAUCCUUGUUGCCAACCUGCCAUCCCAUUUAUUCGUACAUUGUGCUAGUUUUUCUGGUCGUUGAAGUGUUUGUUUUGUUACUGGGAGACAUAUGUUUCUUAUAAAGCUCCCGUUUCCCAACAAAACUCCUAACACGAAGCAGCCGAUGCAAAGGUUACUCUUUCUUUCAACAUGGAGACAACAGAAAAUAUGUGCAUCCUUGUUAGAGAGGAAUUUUCUGGAUGUUUCUUCGUUAUGUUUGCUGCUAAAAAUGAUAACAAAGGGUCAUCCAGAAAUUAGAGGGGUACUGAGGCUUAAAAAUGACUGCUGUCUUGUUGCAGUAUAUAUGGAAGAGAGAUGCAUAAUGAGGGACGCCCUGCAGCGGCAUCUGUUUAUUAGUAGGACAAAAAUGUUUUUAGUGUUGCAAUGCCUUUAAAGAGAAAGAGGACUAGCUGUAUAGUCACCUCUGAAAGGACAACAGAGCACAGGACUAAACCAUUCUGCAAAUAAAAAUUUGAUUUUUAGAGUGGAUAGUAACAUCAUGAUGUAUACCUUAUGAGAAUUUUAUGUUUUCAUUACACUGUAAAUGAGACAUGACAGAUAAAAAGGGGAGCACAAAUCAGAAGCAAGGACAGUCCAAAAUAGAAUUUCUCAUAUUCUGUAUUGAGUGCAGUUGCAGAAACCAUUAAUCUCCACAUUUCAUCAGUUACAGACUACCCUGUUGAUUUCCCAUUGAUGCAGAUGCAUUUUUGAGCCUCACUUACUGAAAAUGAAGCUGCGUUUUCUAAAACCUGCAGAAACAAAUGCAGCCGUGCACUCAAAUUCACUUAAACAUCUAAAGAUUGUGUCAUCGGGACAUUUAUUGAAUAUAUUUGUUGUUUUUUACGUAAGGCAUGCAGGGAAGGGCAGCCAAAAAGGAUUAUGGGGGGUGGGAGUCUAGCGCUUUGAUCGGUUGGCAUGGUAACACAGAUUUCUUUGUGUUGCUCCGGAGAGAAAGGAGGCAAGGAAUUCUGGGUAUCACUGGCAUGAUGACAGGCUGGAGACACACACUCACACACACACACACACACACACACACCAAACAGGUGCACGACUGAGUCAUAUUAACAUUCAAGGUCGAAUUACCAACCACCCGCAGUGAAGGGCUACAGAGAGGGAACUAUACUGUCUCUCUCUUGUCUCCCAGUUUUACUACACAUAUGUCCAAAUCUCUUUUAUUGUCUUUACAUUUUUUUAAACAUGUUUUCCUCCUCUCCUUUCCUCUCCUCUCCUUUCCUUUCUUUCGUGGCAAUGUGGCAACUCAGACAGCCAGAGAAAUCAGGUUGACAAUAUGUGGGCCAGACAUUUUCAGCCGUAGGCAAGCAUCCGGCAUUCCUCACAUAGGAGCAGCCAGAGAAGGGGGGAAUGAACAAGGGGGAAUUAGAAAGAGGAGGAGAGGAAGGUCAGGGAGAGGUUGGAAAAGUGAGGACUAUAAGUAGAAGAAGAAGGAAGGAGCAGGAGAAUGGAUUCUAUACGAACCUGCCGUUUCUUUUCUGGGUGCCGUCUAGACUUGAAUCUCUCUUUUUCUCCUGCUUUCCUUCUUUGUUCUCUGUCCAUCAUGCUGUUUUUUCUUUUUCUGUUCUCUAUCUCACCUCUUUCUCUUUCUCUCCCUCCUUCACCAGCCUUCUGGGGUAACAGUUUUUUUAUCUGCUGUUUGCAGCGCGUGGCACUCAGUCUGGAGGAUGAUGGCUAUCCCUGAGGGGGGGAUACAUCCUGCCCCCCCUCCCAAUUCCAUCCUGGCCCCUCCUCUCACCACAGCCUCGACACCACUACAAUGAGGCCAAUACAACGCAGACGAGAAAGAGAAGGAGUCCUCAUUUUGCCUCCACUUUUAAGGAGCAGGGAUGACAUGUACAUCUUGUAUAUCCCCCUUCCUCUCCUACUUUCUCCACUGGAGUAACAUUACUACCACUACUAGCCACUACUACUUCCCUUAGUGCUAGUUUGUCUGUAGUCUCUGCUCCACUCCUCUCUUCUCUCUGCCUCUUGUUAGCUGUAGUGGUGUGUAAAAUGCUGCUUGAUGAUUUUGUUCAAACUAACCUCAUUUGGCCGUCUCAGUGCACAUUGUAAAUAGAAGGCUGUCUGGCCACCGUACAAGGCGAAAAGCUGGCAUGCAUUAUUUUUAAUUGAUAUUAUGACGAUUUAUUUAUUUUAUGUGUUUGCUGUUGUAAAUAUGUAAUCAGCAUCUCUCAGUGCACAGCACUAAAGGCAGAUUUGUUCAAGUCUGCAAGGAUAUACAGUUCUAGGCAAGGACAUCAUUUUUCUUCAUAGUUCCCUUUACAUCUUGAGUAGACAUGACAGAUUUUUUUUUUUAAACAGGGGAAUUUCAUCUUUUCUCUCACCCAGCCUCUCAGAUUUGCCCCUUGAUAUGCUAUAUGUAGGCAGUCAAUGCUAAAUAUAGCCAAGGGGAAAGGAGACAGAAAAAUAUGAUGGGGUUGUCUGCAUGUUUGGAGGUGAUUUUGGGGUGAAAUAGUAAGGCAAGGUGCUUUUUUUGAGGGGAAUAGCAGGAUUUGUGCCACCAGAGGGUAGUGCCUCAAGGCAAAAAGCAGCAGGGCAGAAAAGGCAAAGGAUUAUGGGUAAUCCUCUCAAAGGUGUGCCUACAGUCGAUAAUGAAUUUGGGAUUGUUUGUUCAUUUGCGGUGGGUGUUAGGACUCACACGUUGUUUGUCUUUGUGUCUGCUGCAUUAAUAUUUUAGAGGUAAAUCUUCAUAUUCAGAUAGCAGAGUGUUAUAAAACACCAUCCUGUAACUGUUUUGAGAUAUGAAAAUGGUUUUCAACUGCUGCCAAACACAGAUAUUAGUGGAUGAACUUGAGCACCCAAUAAACAUCAAUCCCAGUGUGUCAGUGGCUUCACAGCACUGCGUGUGGUUGUUUUUAUCGUGACAACUUCUCCGUCUUUAGUCCCCACUUUUUAACAAUGUGACUUGAUGCAAUACUGCAAAAAAAGAGCCCUCAUUUGGAAUGACUUUCUGCUGUCACUGACUGCUCAGCGUGGUUGUUAGUGGCCCUGUUUUGUAUGGGCAGAUGAGUAAUACGCCGAGGCUGACUGAGCCGAGCACUGAUUUGAUUUGAAAGCUGGAUAGAGAAGAAGCGUGUAAACCAGCGUAAAGAGCUGAUCUUCCAUUGGCUUGCCACAGACAUGCUUCCAGCCCAUUGAAUCAGAUGGAAUUCAUGCUCAGUGACUAUCGCAAUAAUUGCUUACAAUGUGUUGUAAUAGUGAAUUUCUAGAAGCUGUCAUCACAAGUUAACGUGAUAGCUGUUACAAGUAGUUAUGGCAAAUUAUUCCUACUCUGGACAUCACUUAGUCUCAAUAAAGGGCCUUUUAAAGGUGUUAAGCACACUUAUAAUGCAUUAUAAGAUAUAAGGUGUUUUACAUUGUCGAAACUAUACAUGCAACACUUGUCUUCCAUUGAAUAACAAAUUUGAACAAUGUUGCUUUUGUUUGUCACAUCCUAAGACGUUUAAUAAACCUUAAAUAUAUGACUGAAUAACAAGAAAAAAAGGAUAGAAUUCAAGAUGUCUUCCAAUAGUGGCCUCGUACAGGCUCAGCAUAUGUAUUCAUCUAACUUUACAGACAGUAUGUGCAUACAAACUAACAGUUGAUUAAUGGUAAUUAUUGAUGGUUCUCACUGUUUCCUGGAAAAGUUUUCUCGGUAUAGAUGCUCAGCUAACCACGGGGGAGGAAGAAAGAAACACAAGACAAAGGUAGGCAGGAAAUGUCUGCCAGGAUUUAGACCAAACUGUAUGCAAACAGGUUUAUGCUCAGAAGAUGAAUAGUGGGCCAUUUAUUUUGCUGGAUUUCUGCUGAUGUUGUGUUGAAGUGUUCUGACACUCACUCCGCUCACCUCCCUCAAAUGGAUGGCACUCUCAGUUUAUGGUGCACAGUGGGGGAUUUGUAUGAACUGUAUGUGACAAGUGGCAUGCCAGACAAGUAAAUUGCAGUCCUCUCCAGCACUGCACUCUCCUACGUCUAUCUAACGAAGGGGGAUUGAGCACAAGGGGGUGGCCAUCUCCCUUAAUCUUAACUUUGUACCGAUGAAGUAAAAUAAAAUGCAUUACAUGGUGGGCAAGAGUGUGUCUCAGCUCAGCAUGAUCCUGGACUGGCUUGGUGGCUUCCUGCAGUGUUUUUUUGGUAGAAUUUUGGAAUAACUUGUAUGAAAAAGGUACAUUGACAAAGCUGACAACUGUUAUGAAUUCUUUAUUUUUCAUACUUUUUCAUAAAAAUCUAUAUAUGUCCUAAAGGAAAGAUGAGGAUGAUAUAAGAUGCCAAGAAAGAUGUCACAAGUCAGACAUCUUUAUGAAUUUAAGAUUAAAUAAAUCCAAAAACCCGCUGCUGGACUGAACCCUGAGCUCAGCCAUCUCUGCACUCCAUGUAGUUUUCUUUAUGUCCGUGUUUGCUGCAGGUCUAAUGGAGUUCCAUACUGAGGGUUUGCAGUUAGGAGUAUAAAUUGCUUAUUUAUUGAGGUGACUGAGCCUGGCGUUGUAGAAAACUUAUUAUGGCUACAGUGUGAAGACAGAUUGGUUGGUCCACUUUGUGGCCACCUUGAGGGCAGCCGUCUCCACUGAAGGACACUGAAAAAGUCCAGAAAGGAGCUUUAGUCAUUCAUCAUAUAGUAGGUAGUAAUUGUAGUGGUUGUACAGGACAUGCUUUGAUAGUAUGCUUUCUGGGCAUUCUUGGUUCAUAUUUUCAGGAAUCAUUUAGGAGCUAAUUGAUGCUCUAAUGGCAGCAUAAUCAUAGUUUUACUCUCAGUCAGCUCCAUAAACACCAGGCUGCAGUUUCAAGGAUCAAGCUGUGCACUCUUCCUCAUGCUGAAGAGGUCGAAGAAUAAUUAAUUGUGUGUUUAUGUACAUAUAUGUUCAGUGAUUCAGUUAUUGUAAUACAGGUAUGAUGUUGUAGAGGUACGUUUUUUGUUAUUUACUUGAAGUCUUUAAGUGUUAACUCAGUAGUUGCUGCAUUGUUGCAUGUGCAACAUAAUAUCUUGCACAAACGUAUUUAACAUUAAACCAAAAUGUAGUAGAUUGGGAACCGGUUGCACCAGCUAUUUGUAAGUUUACAAACCACUAUAUUAAAACAGGAUGUAAACCCAAACAAUUGUUGAGGUAAUGAGAUUUGGUUGAGACUUCUAAUUGGCACUAGAUCAGAAUGCUGUUUAAUGAUGUGCAGUAACUUAGAAGAUUUUAAAUUACAUUUCACAACAAAAUAACACAAUAUACAUUACUUAGUAUAAUUUCAACUUAGUGUAAUCAGAUAUUUCCCAUUUUUUAUAAAUUGUAUGAAUACUCCUGACUCUGAAAGACAUAUUUCUACAUAUUUAAAAAUACCUAAGUUACUUAAGUCUUUACUUGUUAAGAAACUCUUCAUGUUUUAAUGGUGAAACCCGAUUUAGUAAAUCACUAAUCACACGGCAGCAGCUAGUUUGUAUAAAACUUUGGAAGGACUUUACACACAGACUUAGUGAUAGAUUAACAAACAGCUGGUGCAACACAAUCCUGGUUCUCGAUCAAAACAUGCACUUUGGAUACAUAUUCACAUGCUCAAUAAAAUUCCUGUGUUGUGUAGGCCUAGCAGUUUACUAUCACAAUAGAUCAAACUAACUUAUGUCAAAACAUCCAUGACAAGGUUGUCUGGUUUAUUUUAUUAGAAAGAUGUUAAAUUAGUAGCUCAUCUUAGCAAAUUCUAACAGCCGUGAUAACCCAUAAUCCAAUCUAAUUGUAUGCUGUAACGUUCCUGAUUUGGUCUCCCUGUUUUUAACUGUCCUGUCGCUCGUCCUUCCCUUCCUCUCUGCACUCUUCUAAUGGUUGUCUCCGGUCUCACCUAUGCUGCUUUAAACAGGAUGCACUGACUGCUUUCUAACAUCACUCACAUCCCUCUACUACUUUACUUCCUCAAGCACUGUAUCAAAAGCAAUGCAGCUGUCAGGCUUCAAGUCUUUCUGUGGUUGUUACACUACUGAAUUUUAGUUUAAAAAGCAAAGUCAGCAUUGCUGUCUCCGUGCACUCUCAUUCUCUCACCCUCCCAUCUUCAUCUUAGCCAUCGACAUCUUUCCUUUGGCAAGGGCUAUCAGUCUUUGGGUAGACAGAUACACACACACACACACACUGGACGAAUGGGGAAAAAAACACUGGAGGAAAUAACCUGGAAUCAUAAAAAUAAUAAGGAAACCCCCAGAGCUGUAAAAGAGCCCUCCUGAUCAUGAACCAGCGAACAGGCAUACAAGCACGCUCAGCCAGGAGAAGCAGCCCCCCCACCACCAACUCCCCAAACCAGCUACAGUUUUGGACUGUGGAAGGAGCCCUCACUGACUCUACUUGGCUAGCAAUUAGCUCUUCUCGACCCAGUGACUUUCCUUCACUAACUGGUUCCUCUUAUUAUCAUGUGUUUUUUGGACUGUUAGUCUGUGAGUUGUAGUUGUUGCUCUCUCUUUCUCUCUCUCUCUCUCUCUCUCUCUCUCUCCUCACCAAACCGUUCUCAGUUUCAUAUUUGAUCUUCUUGUCGUUUGAUUACUUGAAGGGCAGUGUUCAGUCGCCUACAUUUUUCUACCAGUCAGUGUAAAAUGAAGGUUGGGGGAAUAAGACAGCAAUGGGGAAGUUGUGAAAUAUGUGUGUGUAAAUCUUUUUAUGGGUUGGGAUGAUGAUAUACACUGGCAAUAUUUUGAUAAAUAACAAUAGAUUUGGACAUUUUGCUUCAACGGCGAUUGAGGUUGGAGAAAGUCACUGCAAAUGUAAGAAACUAUUGGCUCUAAUUUUUUGCAAAACUGUCUACCUGCAUUUUCUUCAAAUGUUGCUGAUGUGUCAUUGCCUGCAAGGAAAUCUCAAAAACCAUCCGGGGCUCUGUCCAUUCCACAGCCAUACGACAGGCAUUUUUUUACGCUGUUUGUUGCACAAAACUUUUCAAGAAGCCUUCUGCACUGUGUAAAGAGAUAACGUUCUUAGGAGGGGAGGAAAUAAAAAAAGGGGGGGUCCAAUGGUACAGUCCAAUGGUUUUGAAUCGUGACUUGUAAAUACGUUUUCAUACAGCAAAAACUUUUUGAUAAUGUUUUAAAUGUAUCUGUAAAAAAAGAUGUACAUAAACCUCUGGGGUGAAAAGGAGUGUAGACUAUAUAUGAAUUUAUUUGUACACAAGAGCACUGGAUUUAUUUACUACUUGAUUGUAACUAAAAAUUAAUAAUCUGCCAAAGUGUUUUUACUUUAAUUUUUCUCCUGUCUGUUCCUUUUGUUUUUGUUUUGCUUUUUAACAGCAUUGCAGAUUUUUAGUGUUCAUACUGUAUUUAAUUCUGUUGAAUAGAUUUUGUUGUGUGUUUAAAAAAAAAAAAGAGGGGUUAUCAUUUUAAUUUAUUGGUGCCUUGUUUUGUGCUCCUGUAUACUUUUACUCUUUCUGUUUUUCUGUGUUAUGUGUCUGCGGGAGGGCAUGGGGGGUUAACUGGCGGGUUGGUGAGGGACGGGGUGGGGGGAGUUAAACACUUAGCAACUUCUGUACUUACAUGGAAUAUCUGUACUGUAUGCCAAAAUGGUCUCACUCACGUUUCUAUGAAAUCAAGCUGUUGAUAAAUAUCUCUAUAUAUUGAUAUAUUAAAUUUAUAAAAACUGUCCAA